UUGCAGCAGCAGAUUGUGCUGGUGCUCUGGAUGUUAUUGAUGACUUGCAACAUUUGCUGGAUUCUGAUGAGCUUGCUGGUCUCCAUUGUUUUCGUCACCUCCGCAAUCAAUUGGCAACAUCAUUAGAUUCAAUAAACAGCAUUCUUUCGGCAGAAUUUGUACGUGCUGCCAUACAUGACGCUAGGGCUGUGGAUUCCAUGAUUGUCUCAAAAAUAAAAGCAAGCUCUUCUAACAGCAUCAAUGGCUUAGAGGAAGCAGAGUUGAAUGAUGAUGAAAGCUCUAUUUUACAAGACCGCCUGCUUCCACUCAUUGUUGGCUUGCUGAGAACAGUAAAACUUCCUGCCGUCCUGAGGAUUUACCGUGAUACACUUAUUACUGAAAUGAAAGCUGCAAUCAAAAGUACAGUUGCUGAGUUGCUGCCUGUUUUACUAGCUCGGCCAAUAGAAUCUGAUGUCCUGAGUGGAGAAAGGACUGUAGAUUCAGAUGUUUAUAUGAUGCAUAAUGUCUUAGGUAGUGGUUUAUCUCUAGCAAGCAAGUUGAGGAACCUUUCAUCCGAAAGCUUUGUGCAGCUUUUGAUUGCCAUCUUUAAAGUUGUACAGGCACAUUUACUGCGAGCUGCAGAAGUUAAAAGAGUCAUUGAAUGGAUUAUGGGAAACGUUGAUGGCUGUUAUGCUGCUGAUACUGUUGCUGUUGGAGGACAAGGUUCAACAACAGCUGCAGUGGCUGAAGAGAGUGAAAGUCAAGUUAUUUCACAUGGCCCAUAUUCUCUUCCAAGAAGCGCUUCCAAAGUUUCAUUGUUUCAAGGAAGGAUAAAUGAGUCUUCCAGUCCUAGCACAUCAAAGAAUUUCCUUGCUGAUGUAUUACGGGAAAACACAGAAGCUGUGUUUUCUGCAUGUGAUGCUGCUCAUGGAAGAUGGGCUAAGCUCCUAGGUGUUCGUGCUUUGCUUCAUCCAAAAUUAAGGCUCCAAGAGUUUCUAAGUAUCUAUAACAUAACUCAAGAUUUUAUUGCGACUACGGAGAAGAUUGGUGGGAGGCUGGGCUAUAGCAUCCGAGGGACAUUACAGUCGCAAUCUAAGGCGUUCGUUGAUUUUCAGCAUGAAUCUCGAAUGGCAAAAAUUAAAGCUGUUCUUGAUCAAGAAACUUGGGUUUCAGUUGAUGUCCCAGACGAAUUUCAGGCCAUUCUCUCUUCACUCUCCUCUAGUGGAGUGCCAACAGAUAGUGGUCAUGCGAAAGAAGUAUCUUUUAUGCCAGAGGCUGGAUCAAAUCAAGAAAACGAAGUUGGUCCAGCUGUCCAUAAUGCCGAUGGAAAUUUGAAUGAGCAUGCACGAUCUACUUCUAAAACUAUUGUGUAUGGAGGUGUUGGUUAUCACAUGGUAAACUGUGGAUUAAUAUUGCUGAAAAUGUUAGCUGAAUACGUUGACAUUAGCAAGUGUUUGCCAGCAUUGUCAUCUGAAGUAGUCCACCGUGUCGCAGAAAUCCUGAAGCUUUUCAACACACGAACUUGUCAGCUUGUUCUUGGCGCUGGUGCCAUGCAGGUAUCAGGUUUGAAGUCCAUAACUUCAAAGCACUUAGCUUUGGCGAGUCAAAUUAUCAGUUUUAUAUAUGCUAUCAUACCAGAAAUUCGGGGAGUUCUUUUUCUGAAGAUACCUGAGGCUCGGAAAGUAUUAUUGCUGUCUGAGAUGGAAAGAGUCGCUCAGGAUUAUAAAGUCCAUCGAGAUGAAAUUCAUACCAAGCUUGUUCAAAUAAUGAGGGAAAGACUGUUGGCGAAUCUUCGCAAACUGCCUCAAAUUGUUGAAACAUGGAAUGUACCGGAAGACAAUGAUUUACAACCCAGUCAGUUUGCUAAGCAUGUAACGAAGGAAGUUGCAUAUCUUCAUCGAAUUUUAUCUCAGAUUCUUCUAGAGGUUGAUGUUCAAGCAAUUUUCAGGCAAGUGGUUCAAAUUUUCCAUUCACAUAUUUCUGAAGCAUUUUCAAAAUUGGAUGUGAACUCUCCCCAAGCCCGGAACAGGCUACGGUAUGAUGUUCAACAUAUUCUUGGAUGCAUUAGAAAGUUGCCUUCUGAUAACUCCAGUAAAGACGGUGUUCCAAACUAUGGUUUACUUGAUGAGUUUCUGGCAGAAAGAUUUGGACCUGAAGAAGCUCAAGGACAAUGAAACUUGAUAGAAGCUAACCGAAUUUUGUGAGGGAACAUCCACUUUUGGAUGUCUAUGUUUACGUUAUACAAUUGUGCUCAGAUGGUUCUUUAGUUCCCUCUUGUGGAGAGGAGUUCCACAAUUCGUUUAUGGCGUUGCUGACUAAAAUUCCAGGUCAUUCUGCAAAUAGAGUUCACGAUCUUGUUCUUCCUUAAUUUGAUUGACAGCUUGGACACGAGAUGAACUCUCUUUGGUAGUGUCAAAUCAUAUAACUUCACCUUUUUGUUGUGGUAUGAUUCCCUUUUUUUAAAUUUAUUUUUUCGUUUCCAUAUGAAGCCAUGGGAGAACUUAAGUUGUUGAUGAGAGUGUAUAUGUAGGCUGUCAUUCGUCGGUUUAGUCUCUGUAAGCCUACCCUUUGUUAAUUUAUAUCGUCAUGUAAUUGGUGUUUCAUAGAAAAUUCUCUCUACGAUCUCUUGUAUAUGUAAAUGUUUGAAUGAUCAAUAGUUGCGAGAAAUUGAAGUAUAAGAAGCAGUUGAUGCGGAAGUUUUGCCUAAAA